CUCCGUCCUCCACUGCCGCCUCCUGUGUCCCGGACCCAGGUGAGUUCGGGCUGGAGGUCAGGAGCGGUCGCGGGGAGCCCCGAAGCCUGCUUUCGGGUCCUCGAGAAAGGGCGAAGAGCGAGGAGAAGGCGCGGUGUGGGCGGUGGCCGGAACGCCUGCUGCAGAAUGAAGGAGUGAGUGACCUCCCUGUGGUGACCCCAGCUGCCCACCGGGGGAGGGGGGGCCGAGGAGGAGGGCAUGGCCCCCCCAGGGGCUCCCCAGGUGAGCGGCCCCCCUCCCCUGGGGACACCCUUGUCCAGUCUGGGCUCAGUAGUGAGCUCACCAUGCCGAGAGGGCCCCGUGACGUUCCGGGACGUGGCUGUGCCCUUCACCCAGGAGGAGUGGGGGCGGCUCUCCGCCUCUCAGAAGGAGCUGUACCGGGAGGUGAUGCUGGAGAACUACCGGAACCUGGUGUGCCUGGGACUCGAACUCUCCACACAAGCCGUGACUGAGCAUCUGGAGAGAGGGGAAGCGCCCUGGAUGCUGGACAGAGACAUCCCGGGACCCCCAGUUUGGGAGAUGAGGCCUGAAACCACAGUGUCAACUCCAGAGCCGAGCCUUUCUGUGGCAACAGCCAAUCGCAGAUUACCAAAGGAUAGUCCUCAUAUCUCCAAUUCAAGGAGAUUCUGGGAAUGGCAUGAUAGGGUAGAAAGAGAGCCAAGCAAUAAGCAGAGUAAUCUCCAUAGAUGUAAUAGACAUAGGAAGAGCUUCAGGCUGAAUGCAACCAGGCAAAAAUGUAAUCGCAUCUACUCAAAGAAGGUAAUUUAUAAGUAUCUUGCACAGGGAAAAUGCUCUGAGUAUAAGUCAGAUUUCCUUCAGGGUCAGAGGCUUAAUGCUGCAGAAAAAUCUUUUGAAUGUAAUGAAUGUGGAAAAGUCUUCCGGGGGAGCACAGGGCUUACUGGACACCAGAGAAUUCACAGAGGAGAGAAACCUUAUGAAUGCAUUGAAUGUGGGAAGGCCUUCCGAUGGAGCACACAACUUACUAUACACCAGAGAAUUCACACUGGAGAAAAACCAUAUGAAUGUAAUGUAUGUGGGAAAUCCUUCUGUCGAAGUUCACAGCUUGCUGAACAUCAUCGAAUUCAUACUGGAGAAAAACCUUAUGGAUGUAAUGAAUGCGGAAAGGCCUUCCGCCGGAGCACACAGCUUACUGUACAUAAGAGAAUUCAUACCGGUAAGAAGCCUUAUGAAUGUAAUGGGUGUGGGAAGUCCUUCCACCAGAGAAAGGGACUUACUCAGCAUGAGAUAAUUCAUACUCGAGAUAAAGCUCAUAAAUGUAAUGAAUGUGGGAAGGGUUUUCGAAGGAGCUCACAGCUUUCUGAACAUCAGAAAGUCCAUACUGGAGAGAAACCUUUUGGAUGUGAUGAAUGUGGGAAAGCCUUUAGCCGGAGUACACAACUUGCUAUUCAUCAGAGAAUUCACACUGGAGAGAAACCUUAUGAAUGUAGCGAAUGUGGGAAGACCUUCUGCUGGAGCACACAGCUGACUGUACAUCAGAGAACUCAUACUAGAGAGAAACUUUUUGAAUGUAAUGAAUGUGGGAAGACUUUCCACCAGAGUGCAUUGCUUUCUCGACAUCAGAUAAUUCAUACUAGAGAGAAAUCUUAUGAAUGUUCUGUAUGUGGGAAGUGCUUCCGCCGAAACAUAGAACUUACCCGACAUCAGUCAGUUCAUACUGGAGAAAAACCUUAUGAAUGUAAUGAAUGUGGAAAGACUUUCCGUCUGAACACAGGACUACAUCUACAUCAGAGAAUUCAUACUGGAGAAAAACCUUAUGAAUGUAAUGAAUGUGGGAAAGCCUUCCGUCGGAACACAGAAUUUACUCGUCAUCAAAGAGUUCAUACUGGAGAGAAACGUUAUGAAUGCAAUGAAUGUGGAAAGGCCUUCAGCAGAAACACAGGACUCACUGAACAUCUGACAAUUCACACAGGAGAGAAACCUCAUGAAUGUAAGGAAUGUGGGAGGGCCUUCCGUCUGAGCAAGCACCUUACUCAACAUUACCGAAUUCACAAUGGAGAGAAGCCUUAUGAGGGAAAAAUCUAAUAAAUAUAAUAAUCAGAAGGCAUUUAGCUAGAGUGUGUUUUCCUAGAAAUUAGAGAAUUCAUAUCACCUGUGAAUUUCUUGGCUGAACAUAUAUGCAGUGGAGAACUGUUGUGCAGUAAGAAAUGAUAUGUGCAAGGAAUUCAAAGAAACUUGAGAAGACUAAUAUGAACUGACUCUGAAGUAGGCAGAACCAGAAGAUUUGUAUACACUGUGAAUACCAUGAUACAAAUGUCAACACUAUGCAGAAGUUGAAAUUUGCGUCAUUAUAGUGGUUAAGCUUGGUCCCAGAGAACAGAUAAUGAAACAUAUCUUCCUCCUCUUGGCAGAAAGGUGAAGGGUUACAGUGGCAGAAUGUUGCAUAUGUUGUUCGAGUCGAUCACUGUGUCUGCUGCUUUUUACAAGAGAGUUCAGCUCUGGGAUAGGGGAAUGUAUCUGGAUGUGACUGAUGUAAAAACAAAAAUCACCAUCGUUUUUAAAAGAAAUCAGAAAAUUUAAACGUAAGGGAAAUCUCAAAAUAGAUGGAGCAAAUCCCUGUUAAACUUCACACAGGGAGAACUCCAACUUUCCUUUAAGUCCCAUUUCCUUCUUCCAGCUCUUCCCCCUUCUAGCUGAUGAUUUAGACUGAUGGGCAUUUUCUCCUUUGACUCCAUUCAUCAAAACCUAGAAUCCUCAACUUGUAUCUCUUUGGCCCUUUUCCUGUGUCUCUAAUUUCACCCCCUUCUGUUCAUCAUAAGGGCUCUCUCUAGCAAGCAUCCUGUGCCUCUCCAGAAUCUUAAAUCUGUCCUUGGCUGAAUCUUUCCCAGCUGUCUGCUCAGAUGUCCUCAAUUCAAAUUCACAUAUAUAUGUGCACACCAAACAACCACCCCACAGACCUAUCCAUAAACUCACUACCUCAUCCAAUUCUCUUUCCCUUCACUGUCAAACUUUCAAAAGAGCUGCCUAUAUCCAAUGACAAGAUGAGCUUGCAUUUACGUCCCUUUUAAAAGUUUACAAAGAAGAAAAAGGUUUACAAAGGACUUUACUUGUCUGAUUUCAUCCUCACAAAGACUUUGUGGCAUAACUUCUACAAGUAUUAUUAUCCCCAAUUUAUAGAUGAGGAAACAGGCUAAGAGAAGUUGAGAGUUGCCCAUGGUUAUGUGAGUGCCCUGCCUCCAAUGUAUCACCACUGACCAUAUCUUCUACAACUUGUGAUCCAUGUCACAACUCCUUUACUGAAAUUGUUCUCUCAAAAGUAGCAAUGGUCUUCUAAAAGCCAAGUCCCAUGGCCUCCUCAGAAAGUCUUCAUCCUCUUUGGAGAAUAUGACACUGUUAACCACACCUUCCUUUCCCAUUGCCUUUGCUACAUCUUGUGCUUUCCUCUCAAUGGCCCCAGAGGUAGAACAAAGAUUGUCACCCCCAUUUUAUAGAUUAGGGACCUGGAACACUUGAAUGGCAUGCCCAUGGUCUCAUAGCUAGUGAUUGUCAGCUGUAAAACUCAAACCCUGUUCUCCUGAUUCCAAGUUCAACAUAAUUUCCACUCUGCUGUGUUGGUUCUCUUUCAUCUUUGCUGCCCCUUGGCCUUUUCCCAAAGCCGUACCUUGUGCCUUUGAUUUCAUCUUCUCUCCAUAAUUUUAGGAAUCUCAUUUAUCCCUAAGGGUGAAAGUAUCACCUCUAAUGAAGCAGAUUAACUUUAUUUCCAGACAUCUUUGUACUAGAGAGCACCAGAUGGAUGCCACCAAUUCAGUAGUACCGUCUAUUUACUCAGUCUCUUAACUAUUCAUAAUAACUGCUUUCAAGAGUUAUAAGGGGAAAGGGGCUAAGACUUAUUCUGCUUGGCUUCAAAGGCCUGAGAUAGCACUGUACUGGGUUGCAGAAGCAGAUCUAGGAUUGGUGUCCAGAAAAUACUUCCCAGUAAUUAGAGCUAUGCAAAAAUGGAAUAGGUUGUUUCCAGGGGUUCUGUCUAUUGAAAGUGUUCAUGCAGGGGCAGCUAGGUGGCAAUGGAUAGAGCACCGGCCCUGGAGUCAGGACUACCUGAGUUCAAAUCCGGCCUCAGACACUUGACGCUUACAAGCUGUGUGACCCUGGGCAAGUCACUUAACCCCAAUUGCCUCCCUAAAAAAAAAAAAGUGUUCAUGCCAAGGCUGGUUGGCUAAAUCAGGGGUGUUAUAGAGGGGACUACUGUUCUGGUACAGGUUGGACAAAAUGCUCCCAAGGUCCCUUCUAACUCACCAUCAGUGAGAGGUGUGUUGUUUAAAAUCUAAAUUGUGUGGUCGCCUUAAAUGAGAAGUUUGAGUACCAGUCUUUGGGCAUUAAGCAUUUAUUAAAGCCUACCAGUUAUCCACAUGGAAUUCAGAAAACUAAGAAAAGGCUUAUUUAGCCUAGAGUUCCAGCCUGGUCAGAUUCUUCCUCAAGUCCUCCACCAGGAGCCUGCUUCAAUCAUGAACUCAAACUGAGUGUGGAAGCUUUUUAUAGGUCCAGAGCAUGGGCGGGCCUUAC